GACUCCUCCGUGACUCCGUCUCCCUGGGGUCACGGGUCCGCGCCGCCUCAGAUCCGGGCAACCCGUUGCGACACCGCCUUGGUGCGGCUGCGGUGGUGGGCAGUUCCGUGGUACUGCGGCAGGCACGCCAAAGACAGUUUCUCUUUUCUUUCUUCCCUGCUGCCCAUGGCGGCGGCCGGGCGGAGAAAGAUUGAACUCUUGACUCUUCUCACUGCCAUAGCAGAUGUAUGCACGCACGCAAACGUUCCUUUCGGUUGCGUCAGUAGCCUGUAAGCUUGGCUGCUCGGCUCUGUGAUCUUCGUUCCUCCUCUUUCGGGCAACCAGAACAGGGGGUUCAGACUUCUUGGUGAGAGCGAUAUGAGUGUCCCAGGUCAAUGCUCAUCCCAGCCACAAUUUAUCACCAGCGUUGGGAGGAGUAACCGCUCCAAUGGCCCCGGCACUCCUCUUAUCGAAAGCAUAGAUGUUGAUCAAAUUGUUAUUCCAGAGAAAAACAGUUGGAAGAACUUAUUCUCAUACAUAGGGCCUGGAUUUCUCGUCUCAAUUGCAUAUAUUGAUCCUGGAAACUUUGAGACGGAUCUACAGGCUGGAGCACAGUACAAAUAUGAGCUUCUUUGGAUCAUACUUGUUGCAUCCUGUGCUGCUCUUAUUAUUCAAUCACUUGCAGCCAGGCUAGGGGUUGUGACAGGGAAACAUCUUGCAGAGCAUUGCAGGGCUGAGUAUCCCAAGGUCACAAAUUUUGUCUUAUGGAUUCUUGCAGAACUUGCUGUUGUUGCAUGUGACAUUCCUGAAGUAAUUGGAACUGCUUUUGCUCUAAACAUGCUGUUCAGAAUCCCAGUAUGGUGUGGUGUUCUAAUAACUGGACUCAGCACUCUAAUGCUCUUAUUGCUGCAGCAAUAUGGGGUCCGUAAGCUAGAAUUUCUGAUUGCAUUUCUGGUGUUCUUAAUAGCAACAUGUUUCUUAGUUGAACUUGGGUAUUCUAAACCAAAUGCUCCAGAAGUUGUUAGGGGCCUUUUUGUUCCUGAACUUAAAGGAAAUGGAGCUACAGGCCUUGCUAUCUCAUUACUUGGUGCUAUGGUGAUGCCGCACAAUCUUUUUCUGCACUCAGCAUUAGUAUUGUCAAGAAAAGUGCCACGGUCUGUUCAUGGGAUUAAGGAGGCCUGCAGAUUCUAUACGAUUGAAAGUGCAUUUGCCCUUACAGUUGCUUUUCUCAUCAACAUAUCUAUCAUAUCUGUCAGUGGUUCUGUCUGUGGUUCAGGUAAUUUAAACCCAGAAGAUCAAGCAAAUUGCAGUGAUCUGGACCUAAAUAAGGCUUCAUUUUUGUUAAAGAAUGUCCUUGGAAACUGGAGCUCAAAGUUGUUUGCAGUUGCUUUGUUGGCAUCUGGUCAGAGUUCUACAAUUACGGGGACAUAUGCUGGACAAUAUGUCAUGCAGGGGUUUUUAGAUCUUCGGAUGAAACCCUGGAUACGCAAUCUUGUCACGAGGUCCUUGGCUAUCCUGCCAAGUUUGAUCGUGUCAAUUAUUGGUGGUUCUUCAGCAGCUGGCCAGUUGAUUAUCAUUGCAUCGAUGAUACUGUCAUUUGAACUCCCUUUUGCUUUAGUUCCACUCCUUAAAUUCACCAGCAGCAAAACAAAGAUGGGGCAGCAUACAAAUUCAAUAUUCACUGCUGUGCUGACAUGGAUGAUCGGCUCGUUUAUUGUUGUCAUCAACACCUACUUUCUGAUAACAAGCUUUGUGAAAUUGCUCGUCCAGAGCGGGCUGACCACCAUUUCUCAAGUAUUUUCCGGUAUUUUCGGGUUUUUGGGCAUGCUGAUUUACAUAGUUGCGAUCCUAUACCUCGUCUUUAGGAGGAACAGGAAGUCCACCCAGCCAUUGCUGGAGAGCGAUGCUGAGCUUGCAGUAUCGGGUAGCAGUGCUGAUGCCGGAGCAGAAUGCUCGCUGGGCCAUUUGCCCCGUGAGGACAUCUCCAGCAUGCAACUUCCGCAGCAGCGUUCAGCUUCUGAUCUAGAUUAGAUAACAGCUGCCAGGAAAAUAAAUGUUUUUUUUGUUUUUUAUAUAGUAUAGUAAUUACAGAAUAGGGUACGUCAGGUAUUGGCUUCUGUUCAUCCUACUGAUGAUGCUUAAGGAAUGUAUACAAGAGGACGGAUAUCUAUGCUGCCAAACAAAAAAAUGGGGCACAAAAGAAUUUAGUGCCUGUUUUUGGGAAGUGAUGUGAACUGAAUCCUGGAAGGGGCAAAAAAAAAAAAUGUUGGAAUCCAAUUGUUGAAAAUUCUUCAUUCUAAACAUGAGGCCGUUGGUAAAAAAUGUCUACAUGCUGUAAACAUACUAUAUUUUGACAUUAUUAUCACAGUUAAUAUAUACUGGACAUGCUGUUUUAUGUGUUGUGCAUUCCAGUGGCUGCAGGCCUUGCUCAGAGCUAGUUUGGUGAUUAGAGAAAUGGAGAAGUUCUAUGUACCCUUUAUUUUUCUGGCCACUAAAUUAGCCCUUAUAGUGCCGAUAUUUUCUGAAUAGAAUCAGGUGAAUCCACCCUUCUAGUUCUGCUGCUGACAAGCAGGUGACCAAGCCCUGUGAAUGGAGCUCAUGCCAAAGACAACUGCUAAAUGCGCCUUCGUUUUUCAAGGUAGCAGAAUAGCAGCUGAGAAACCUUUUUCGGCGACAGUCUAACAGUCUCAUCCUACCCUAACUUUUAAAAUAUGGACCAUAAGCACGUCUCUACUAAUAUAAAAGGAGUUUGUCUAUGUGUGUCGCUCCUCUUCCGGCCCCUUUCUACUUUUUACAGAAAAAAAUAAGAUAAAAUUAUGUAAAGUGGGGAUUUAAACUUUUGGAUUCCCAUACUUACCGAUAGAACACACAUAUUUUUUAUAUCUUAUAUUAUAUACUCAAGCAUAAUAUAAAUACUAGGAGAGUGCCCGUGCGUUGCAACGGGAACGUAUAAAACCACGAUAAACUAUGUGGCAAAUCGAGAAGUUUUACAUAUACCAGUGUUCUCGAUUUGUAUAUCAGCUAUACUUCCUGUGGAGCAAGGAAACGAACGCAAGCCAUCCUUUUGUAUUAGUGUAUUCUGUUCAGUUCUUACUUGAUCAUCAUGUGUUCUCGCGUGUGCCAUGGCCAAGUGGCAAGCUCAACACUGGUAUUGUUGUCUUGUCUCAAAUGAAGUCCGGUUCCACAAGUUAACCGGAAAUCUUCAUGGGUGAUAGCUGUGUCAGAUUCUUCCACGCAUAGGGCAAGUAAUGCAAGUGAUAGCUGUGUCAGUUUACCUCAAUUUUAUUGGGCAUCACUUGUCUCAAAUGAAGUCCAUUGGAGGUUCGCAAUUUAUGUUCCGUGGCAUCGCACGGGCACCUACCUAUGUAAUUAGAUGAACCAUUUUAUGUAUUUUCGUAGUAAACCUACGGAGUAUUUGAAGAUACAGAUGUUAGUACUGUUCUAUUUAAACCGAGUCAAAAAUUAAAAUUGAUCGAUUUCUCAAAAAUGCGAGAUGAAAGCUUGUUUACAGAGUGACGGAGUAUAUCCUUUGUAUGUCACGGGGAUGAGGAUUUCCUUUUUUUUUCUGCGGAAAAGCAGAGUGCUCCUUAUGAAAUUCGAAUGUUUCAUCAGUUCUAUGAACAUGCUCUGAACCAUCGGCAGCUUAGCUCUAACUCUAACUCUAGGCAUUUGAGUUGCAGAUUCUCGGUUCAAAUCUGCGAAGACAUUCCACGGUGUCGUUGUGGCUACUGCCGCAAAGAUCAAGAGCACCCCGGAGGCCGAGAAAUACUUCGCAGCAACCAAAGAUGCGCUCGGCGACGUCCUCGCCAAGCUAGCCUAGAUGGAAGCUAAUAGAUGUGCUAAUGAUGGACGUGUAAUUUCGGACUUGUGUUUGUUCAUAUGGAGCCGGCAAAUGUAGCGUUUUCUGUUCAUAUUAUAUCCCAAGUUCUUGACAAGUA